CAUACCAAAGAAAUUAAAAACAAAACAAAAGGUUACGUGGAAUACAAACCCACUUUACUCAUUAGUGAUAACCCAUCCAAAUAUUAUUCCUCCCUGAAUUCGGUUCAUCAUCAUCACAACCUCUCUCUGCUCUGUUCCUCUGCCUCCUUCAUCUUCAUUCCCGCUUUAUAACUUGCCCAUCACUUUGUCCUAAUCAAAAUUCGAAAGUAAUUAGCCAAAUGGGUGGAAAGACGGCAGGGAGCAGUAGCACUAGGCUCCCCAGUUUCUGCCUCAACCGGAUUCGGCCGCAUGUAAGGGUCCGUUCGCCGCAGUUACAUCCCCACCAGAAACAGAGCAUUCCGGUGACCGCUAGGAAAUUUUCUCCGGGAGCUGACGACCAUAACAGUGAUCAAGAUGAGAAGAUCUCCGGCGUGGCCGCGGCGACGACGACAAAGGGGGCUUCUGCGGGGCGGAGGAAGAUAAUGAUCGUGGUUGAUUCGAGCGGGGAAUCUAAGGUUGCCCUGCAGUGGGCGCUCUCUCAAACCAUUCAGAGCCAGGAUUACGUGAUUCUUCUCCAUGUUGCCAAGCCAUCUAAUAACCAAGGUUUCACAAAGGGGAAAGCUACAAGAGGGUACGAACUGGUGAACAAUCUCAAGAAAAUGUGUCAGGCUAAGAGACCAGAGGUGGAGAUCGAGGCAGCUAUUGUAGAGGGGAAGGAGAAAGGUCCUGUGAUCGUGGAAGAGGCAAAAAAGCAAGGUGCAGCCCUUCUUGUUCUGGGGCAGAGGAAGAGGUCGAUGACGUGGCGGCUGAUCAUGAUGUGGGCAAGCAACAAAGUGAACACGGCCGCCGUCGGCAGCGGUGGCGGAGGGGUGGUGGACUAUUGCAUCCAGAAUGCAGAGUGCAUGGCGAUUGCGGUCCGGCGGAAGAGCAACAAACAUGGGGGUUACUUGAUCACCACUAAGCGCCACAAAGACUUCUGGCUCUUAGCCUAAAUUGUCGUAUCAUACCAAUAAUAAUAAUUUUAUUCACGUUUUUCUCUUUAAAAUGGAAAAGGAAAUAUGGCUAGUAUGUCUUUGUUCUUUUCUUUCCAUAAUCAUUUUGCAGUUUGCGUUAACAAAUAGUUAUUCUUGUUUUAUGGGUCAUGAUUAUGUCUUCUUCUAAUUAUAGAACUCUAUUGGUUCUUUCUCUUUUCUUCUUCUUAUUGUUUGUUUUUGCCUUUUUGGUUUUCUUCUUUAUCUUUUGCAUUAAUGAUGUAUCGAUGGUUCCUUUGUGUAAAGGGGAGGAAAAGGGAAACGUAAGAAUGGGGUUGUAAUUAUUUGGGGGCAGCAAUUAGCCAUAUAUCGUUUAUUUAUGUGUGUCUGAUAAUUAUUUUUUCCUGUUGCUUGGGCUUUUGGAGACAAUGACUAGACUGGUAGUUGAGGGGGGAAUUGCCCUAAUUGACUCCCUUUACACACCAAGGCACAUGGUUUCCUUUGAACUUUUGGGGAUGUUGAUAGUUUGACAAGAAAAAGGAGAGCAUAAGAUGAGAUUCUGUUGUCUUGUUAACAUUCCGUUAAGGUUUGGCAAACAUCAAACCGUUGUCUGGUUUCUAGUGCAAACUACUAAAAGGAUUUGAACCUG